CAACUGUCAAAUUUUGUUUUCAGUCAUUUAAACAAACAUGGUAUUUUGUGUGUAAAAUAUUAAUUUUUUAGAUAAAUACAAUACAAUGGCGACCGAUAUUAUAAAAAAAUCACCGUCCAAAUGCAAAGACAUGGAAAACGGAGCCGAACCUUCAGCCCCCAUUAUGAAAAAGGGCAUUCUCACAUCUUUCCUGACCGGUAAAUCCAUGAACAUUCCAGAUUCCGACUUGUUAGGGAGAUGUAGAUUCGUUUCGGAAUUCGACAAACUCAACAGAAUCGGCGAGGGAACGUACGGUAUAGUUUAUCGCGCCAAAGACCAAAUAUCCGAUAAAAUCGUGGCCUUAAAGAAGGUACGCAUGGAUCUCGAACGGGACGGCAUCCCCGUAAGCAGCCUCAGAGAAAUUCAAGUUCUAUUGAAUUGCAAGCACGAGAACAUCGUGCAUCUGAAGGAAGUCGUCGUAGGUAGAAGCUUGGAAAGUAUUUUCCUCGUAAUGGAGUACUGCGAGCAAGACCUGGCCUCGUUAUUGGACAACAUGCAAGCCCCUUUCACCGAGUCCCAGGUGAAAUGUAUCAUGCUGCAAGUAUUGCGAGGCCUGCGGUAUUUACACCACAAUUUCGUCGUACACAGAGACCUGAAAGUAUCUAACUUGCUCAUGACUGAUAAGGGUUGCGUUAAAAUCGCUGAUUUUGGUCUGGCGAGGUAUUUCGGAGUUCCGUUAAAACCGAUGACACCUCACGUGGUGACCCUCUGGUACAGAGCACCGGAGCUGCUCUUACAAGCGCCCACCCAAACAACGAGCGUGGAUAUGUGGGCAGCCGGUUGUAUAUUAGGGGAAUUGUUGGGGCACAAACCGCUGUUGCCGGGGCGCUCCGAGAUACAACAGCUCGAGCUUAUAGUCGAUUUAUUGGGUACCCCGUCGGACGCCAUAUGGCCGGGUUUCAGCCAGUUGCCGGCCUUGCAGAAUUUCUCGUUGAAACAGCAGCCCUACAACAAUUUGAAGCAGAGGUUCCCUUGGCUGUCGGCGGCCGGUCUGCGUCUGUUGAAUUUCCUGUUCAUGUACGAUCCGAGGAAGAGGGCCACGGCCGAGGAAUGCUUGCAGAGCAGUUACUUCAAGGAAGCCCCGCAACCUUGCGAUCCGAAAUUGAUGCCGAGCUUUCCUCAACACAGGAAUAUAAAAGGAUCGAAAUCGACCGGUGAGGCAAACACCGGGGCCGGGGAUCAGACUAAUAAUUUACCCGCCAUUUCGGAUUUGCUUGGUUCGAUAGUGAAAAAACGAAGGAUCGAUUGAUUGAAGAAGUUAUUUUAAGUGUGAAUGUUUUGAAUACAUUUAAUUAGCAUGUAGGGUUUUUCUUGUUUUGUAAUUAAAGAAUUGAGUCGUGAA